AUGUCUGUGCCCACAGAGCAAUUCCAGGUCAUUGGCCCUCGACACCCCAUUUUGGCAGUGCUGGGUGAGGAUGUCAUACUUCCCUGCACCCUAGUUCCAGCCAUGAAUGCAGAGAACAUGGAACUUGGGUGGUUCCGCACCACAUUCUCACAAACAGUGUUCAUCUACUGGAACCAUUGGGAACAGACUGAGGAGCAGAUGGCUGAGUACAGAGGGCGGACUUCAUUGGUGAGGGGCUGCCUUACUGAGGGGCAUGCUGCCAUGCACCUCCGCCAGGUCCGGGUUUCUGACAAUGGAAUGUACACCUGCUUCUUCAGACAUGGAGGCUUCUAUGAAGAGGCUGAUUUGGAAGUGAAGGUGGCAGGUAUGGGCUCUGACCCCCAAGUGCACAUAGAAGGGCCAGAAGAGGAUGGAGUGCGCUUGGUGUGCAAAGCCUCAGGAUGGUUCCCAAAGCCCCAGGUGCAGUGGAGAGACCUCAGUGGAAACAAGUUCCCAGCGCUUUCUGAAACCCACUCCCAAGACACUGAGGAGCUGUUUAGUGUGGAGGCCACUCUGGUGGUGAGAGACAGUUCUGUGGGGAAUGUGACCUGCUCUGUCCUCAACCCUGUCCUGGGCCAGGAGAAGGCCAUGGCUAUUUACAUCCCAGAGCCCUUCUUCCCUCAGGCUUCUCCCUGGAAGCCAGCAUUUGCUGUGAUCCUGACCAUGCUCGGGCUCCUACUCUUGGGGGCUUGCUAUUUUAUCAGAAAAGCACAUUCCAGAAGGAUGCAGGUGAGGCAGGAAAAGGAGCAUCAGCAGCGGCUUAAGAAGCAGGAACAGCAGGCAAAGGAAGAGGUGCUGAAGGCCAUCGAUGAACUCAAGGCAGAUCUCAAUCAGAGGAAAGCUGCUUAUCUCUCUGCCUGGAGGAAGGCCCCCCUGUAUGCAGAUUGGCGGAAGGAACAGUUCCAAGCCUGGUCUGUCACUCUGGAUCCAUUGUCUGCUCAUCACUGGCUUUCUAUCUCUCAUGAAAAGAUGCAUCUGUCCUGGAAGGACCCCAGCCUGUUGUACUGUGAUGAAAAAUGCAGUGUGUUGGGUCUUAAGGGCAUCACAUCAGGAAGAUGGUUCUGGGAAGUGGAGAUAGAGAAUGAACUCUUCAGCAAGUGGACUCUGGGAGUCUGCAGGAAAGAUGUGAGGAGAACAGGCAACUACCUGGAAUCAUCACAAAGGGGGUUUUGGGUCAUGGGGAAAGGUAACAAUAAGUAUUUUGCCCAAACUGAUCCUGAGACUUGUUUAUCUCCUAGGCAGGAUCCCUGCAGGGUGGGGGUUUUCCUGGACUACAGUGAAGGGGAUGUCUCCUUCUAUAACAUGAUUGAUGGGUCCCACAUUUUUUCUUUCCCUCCCAUCUCCUUCUCUGGAGCUCUCUUUCCAUACUUCAUGCUUAGGUAUGGAGGUGUGUCCAUGACCAUCUGCUCCAUGGCAAGUGGGUCUGAGGGGCUCCCUAGAAGGAAGGAAAGGAGAAGGAGGAGGAUUGAGGCAGUAGUGUUUGUUUCCUCACUCCACAAUUGUUGUGCCCUCAUCUCCCUCUCAGUCUACUUCAGAAUUAUAUCAUCUGAUUUAUAAUGUGAUGACAUUAAUGCUAGAUCAUGUUACUCAGAAUUGCUUGGUCAUACCAUUGUCACCAUUUUGCUUGUUUCAUUUGACUGCUUUAUCUUCCCUCUCAACUUACCUGUUGCUACUUGGAAUAUAUAUUGGUUCAUUAUGGUGUCAAGUGGCAACAUGGGGGUGUUUUAUUCCACAGAAAUACAAAUGAGGUCACUCAUGAAAAAAGCCAUGAUGAAGCUUGGGUUCUUUUUGUUUUGUUUCUUCAUUUAUCUUUAUAGUAUGAUUUUUAGAUUUGAUAAAUGA